AUGCUUGAAGAUCAUUUGGCUGAAGCAUUGCAUUUAUUAAAAAAAUAACCAUAGCAUCGAUGCAAAAUGGAGAUUGAUCUAAUAGUUGAGCUAACUGAAGAACUUCCCUUUUUUAAAUAAUAUUACAAAUAAGAAAAUGGAUUAUUAAUCCAUCGUGAAUGUUGUAAGCAUAUGUUUGUGGAACGGUUCUUAGCAACUGAUAUUGUAUUUCAUGUUGGUAUGGAGACUCUAUUAAUAAUGCAGAUUCGAUAGGCACAAAAUUUUAUGUGAUUCUAGAUGGCCAAGUUGAAGUUUUGAUUAAAAGAAGAGGUUAUGAUGAAUUAGAAUCUGUAAGAAUUUUGAGACAAGGAGAAUCUUUUGGUGAGUUGGCUCUCAUUCAUAGAUAACCAAGGUUAGCAACUAUUCGUUGUGUGACUGAUAGUUAUUUUGCUGUUUUGGAUAAGUAAUAGUUUCAAUAAAUUUUACAUUAUGAGUAAACAAAAAAGAUAGAAUAAGUAUUGAUAACCCUAUAUUUUUUUAGAAUGUAGAUUAUUUUGCUUAGAUUUCAAUAUUUAAUCAGCUUAAUAGAACUCAACUUACACAAAUCUAUUUGAAUUCAUUUUUAUAUGAAUAUGAAAAACAUUAAAUUGUAUUGUAAGAAGGAGAUAAAUCUGAUAGUUUUCUAAUUGUUAAAACUGGAUUAUUUUAAGUACGUAAAUAAAUAAAUAAAUCUCAUCCAUUGAUUGUAAUUUAAAUUCUUAAAAUAGUAGUUAUUUGAAAUUGGAGAAUUGCAAGUAUUUGGAUUCUAUCAUUUGUUUAAUAAAAUUCCUUAUGAAUAUUCUAUGAUUUGUCUUAGUCCUAAGGGUUAAAUUUAUAAAAUACAUAGAACAUCUUUGAUUGAAAAAAUAUUUGAAGGACAUACAUAGGAUUUAGAAAAACAUAUGUUAGAAAUUAAUUCUUAUGUCCAUUUCAAAGUUCAUCAAGAAUAAAAUACUCAUCUUAAAUACCCUAGAUAUUUUUAGAUAAAGACAACAAAUGAAUAAGAGAGAGAGAUUAAAGAGGAAUUUGUAAAAACCUGUAGAAAUCAGGAAUCAAGAAACAAAAACUAUAAAAGUAGAAAUUAAUUAAUAAAAUAAAAAAUGGAUACAAUGAUAGAGCAAUAGAAAAGAAAAUUAGGAACAAAAUCUAAUCAUUCAAAAUUUAAUAGUUUAUUUGAAAUUUUUGUAAAGUCUCAUAAAGGAUUAAAAGACAAUUAAAGAUAGAAAAGUCCAUCUUUAUUAGAAACUCCAACUAGAAAUCUUGUAAGUAGUACUCAUUUUUAUCUUAAUGAUGAUCUUACAUAAAAUCCAUUUAUAACAUUUAGAAGUGGUAGUCCUCUAAUGAUGAAUAAAGGAAAACAAUUUAUAUCUUUGAAAGGAUCAAAUAGUCAAAGAACAAUAGUUAAACCAAGUAUACAGAAUAAUAUAAAAUUCUAAUUUCAAGAAUACUUAAAUUCAAAGAAUCUUUAGACUUAAAAAAAUGGUAUAUCUUUAAGUCCAAAUAUAAUGAAGCUUAAAGUAUAUAAAAAUUGA